AUGGCGCAGUCACUGAGAGCCAGCACUCGAGUCCUAGCUCGCAUGAGCUUCCGAACCAUGCAGGCUCCUCGUCGGAGCUUUGCAGUUUCGUCAGUCUCGAAGAUGCCCGACCUGAUUCAGGACUUGUACUUGAAAGAGCUCCGAGCAUAUAAGCCAGCACCGCAAAAGGCAUCCGACGCUGAAGGCCACGUCCAAAAAUUUACACCCCCUCCCCCACCAAAGUCUCCGGAAGAAACCAAUCUCGCUAGUGAAAUGAAAGAAUAUGAAGAACAGGUGGUGGAAGUCGAAGGCCAGAGCGCGGCUGGCGAGACACAGGCGGAGGAAGACUUCUUUGAGGAUAUUGAGGAGGACGAUGAUGAACCUGCCCACCAUUAA